AUGAUUGAUGAACAUCGGCCAGUUUGCUUCGCUUUACAGGAGACACAUCUCAAAGCUAAUAGCAAAGCCAAACUUAGGAGAUUUUCAUUUACGAGAAAGGACAAUGUUGUUAGUGAACGCGUCUGUGGAGGUGUAGGCCUUCUCACCUCACAUGACUAUCCGUCAACUGUCCUUCCGUUAGCAACAUCCCUUCAAGCGGUAGCUAUACAAGCUAAUAUUAAAGGAUUAGUUUCUGUCAUUUCCAUAUAUCUACCUCCUAAUGAAGCUAUCGAUCAGAGACAGCUAAAUGAGUUGAUAGAACAGCUGCCAGAGCCGUUUAUUAUCAUGGGGAAUUUUAACGGACAUAGUCAGUUAUGGGGAAGUAGAGAUACAAAUCCUCGAGGUAGACAAAUUGAGCAGAUGAUAGAAGAUCAUUGCCUUUGUCUUCUCAAUAAUGGUCAGGAUACCUACUUCCAUGCGCCAACAAGGACAUUUCACGCUCUUGAUCUUGCCAUCUGUUCACCUUCUCUUUUGCCCUUCUGUACUUUUAGUGUUGGAGAUGAUCCUCACAACAGUGACCACUUCCCGAUAUUUGUUACUUUUGCUAGGGCAGGAAUGAGUCCCGUCGUAAGGCCCCCAAACUUUAUAUUUGAAAGGGCAGACUGGGAGCUUUUCUCCUCUCUUGCAGAGCUCACGGAUGAAGUAGUGAACGAUGUGCCGGUCGACGAUGCAGUGAAAGCCAUAACUGACAUUAUAAUCCAAGCGGCUACAGCCUCUAUACCUCUGACCUCAGCAAAACCUCCAAAAUACUCGAAACCUUGGUGGAAUCAAGAAUGCCAGAAAACUCUAAGACAGCAGAGAAAAGCCUGGGGACACUUUCGAAGAUAUCCCACACUCCCAAAUCUUAUUGCUUUCAAAAAAGCUAAAGCAAACACACGGAAAAUACGACGGGAGAGUAAGAGGAAUUCCUGGAUAUCUUAUGUGUCUGGGAUAACAGCCUCAACAUCCAGUAAGCGAGUAUGGGAAAGAGUUAGAAAAGCCUGUGGAAUAUACCGAGACCACUCACUUUCCAUCCUGGAAAAAGACGGCCGAACGAUCAGCACAGCGGAAGAAAUUGCAAACACCCUUGGUGAAACUUUGCAGCCAUCUCUAAUGGCUGCAGUUAUCCCCCAACAUUUCUGUCUGCUAAGCUACAUGCUGAAAAUAUUCCCAUUAAGUUCAACUCUGCCAACUCUGAGCCUUACAAUUGCGAAUUUUCCCAUUUUGAAUUAA